AAUUUUUAUGCGUCACAACAACCCGAGCAGACGCAGUAUCCUGCGUUCCCGCCAAUUAACCAAACCGGCCACGCCCACCUCGCCCCGCAAUUUGCUCACGACCGAACGAUGUCAACUGACAGCGGAGCGGUUCCAGACUCCAACAUGGAUGUCGACUACACCUCUUCGUUAGGAUUCGAUCCAGUUGCUAUAGCGGACAUUAAUCCGCAUGAAUUCGACAAGUACCUUCAACUAUCCUCACAUCGAGGCUCGGCAACUGUCGGUAGAUAUCAAUGA